AUGUCCACUGGGCGUGACGUACUACACGUCCUAGGGAAAGAGUAUGCGCCCGUUGUACGUUGCGUAGUUAAAAAGGGAACCCGGUUUCAGGUUAAGAAGACGGCGUUAUUAGAGAAGGAAGAUAGUAAGAGCUGCUACACCCGUCCAGUCUGGCCCAGCAAGGACACGUUCAUCCUCUCCCUGCUGGGCUUCUCCUUGAGGGCACUCAAUCUCUGGCGUUUUCCAUACCUGUGGCUUCACAAUGGAGGCUGGAGUUUUUUCCUCAUCUACCUGGUCUUGCUGUUUGUGGUCGGGAUUCCUCUCCUCUUCCUCGAGAUGGCGGUUGGUCAGAGGAUGCGCCAGUACAGCAUUUUUUCCUGGGCUGUCAUUAGCCCCUGGUUUGGUGGUGUGGGGUUUAGCAGCUUAACGGUGAGCUUCAUCACCGCCAUGUACUUGAACGUGGUCAAUGCCUGGAUCCUCUUCUACUUGGGCCAGUCCUUCCUUUCCUUUGCCCCGUGGCGGCAGUGUCCUCUGCUGAAGAAUGUCAGCAGCUUUGAUCCCGAAUGUGCACGGACAGCGCCCUCCAUGUACUUCUGGUACCGGGUGACCCUGAGGGCCUCGGACAGGAUCGAGGACAGAGGGCCGCCGUCCGUCACGCUGCUCCUGCCUUUUCUGAUCGCUUGGUGUCUGGUUGGCAUUUUCAUGGUUAAUGGGAUCAGAACCAUCGCGAAGGUAGAAUAUAUCUUGAUACCAUUGACCACUAUCAACGUAAUCCUUAUCUUCGUCCGGAGUUUACUGCUGCCCGGGGCACAAAGCGGGCUUCAAUAUUUGACACUUAUGAAGGUAUCAUAUAUGUACAACAUCAGAUCGUGGGUCCAAGCAGGCGUGCAAGUCUUGUGUGCCUUAGGUCUCGGCUAUGGGCCGGCUGUUGUUUACUCCUCGUACGUGGACCAGCCCAGCAACUGUCUCAAUGAUGCGUUUAUUCUGGCUUUUAUCAACCUGGGCUUCUCAAUACUCGUCUCACCUUUUAUCUUCAGUGUGCUGGGCUUCUGGGCCACCCUCAUCACGCAAAACUGCGCUGCGAAGAAUUCCGAACUGCUCUUGAAACUGGUACUUGAGGGGAAGCUGCCUGCUGAGGCCUUUCCCCCUUCCAACAUGCAAACUCUUCCAGCCUCCGUCUUCAACUCCUGGCUGAACAAACUUUCCAAGCGCACCAAGAACAUGGUCCUCAAAUACGUUACUGAGUGCCACAUGGAGAAGCAGUUUAUGAAGGUUAAGGAGGGCCCAAACUUUGCAUUCCUGGCCUUUAUUGAAGCCAUGUCCUUCGUCCCUGGGUCUGCCUUCUGGUCCAUCCUCUUCUUCCUGCUCUUGCUGUGCCUGGAGAUGAAUUGCAUGAUAGGGCUUCUGCAGAGCAUCCUGACUCCGCUUCAGGACACCUUUGCUUUCUGCAGGAACCAUGCAAAGCUAUUUAUAGUGUUUCUCUUUGGGCUCCUGUUCCUGUGCGGCAUCUUCUUCAUUGAACCUGCAGGCGUCUACUACAUCGUACUGCUGGUUGAUUACUGCAUGGUCCUCCCCAUCAUCUUCAUUAUCACCUUUGAAAACGUGGCCGUGAGCUGGGCCUAUGGGUCCAGGAGGUUUCUUGCAGAACUGGGGACUCUGUGGAACCGCCCCAUCCAUCCCAUCUAUCACUGGCUGUGGUGCUACGUGUGUCCAGCUGUGCUGACGGGCCUGUUCAUUGCAAUCCUGUCUUUCCAAAUUAUGAAGAACUUCACCUAUGUGGCCUGGGACUCCAGCACUUCACGACAGGUGUAUCGACCCUACCCAUCAUGGGUGCUGUUCCUGAUGAUUUCCAUCUUCCUCAUCAUCACCCUCCCCAUCCCCUUAUACUUUGUAUACCGCUACACCCAUUGUACUCUCUUCAAACCCAGAAGCUUGGAUGGCUCUCUCACGUCCUCCAGGCACAAAAGUGAGGACCAACUGACGGAAGCCUCACAAGCUAGCAGUGAACCUGCUGGCCCGUCAGUUGUGUGA